UGGGGCUGUGACAGACUGAAGGAGAAGCCUGUUCAUGUCAGCCUUCAGGUGAGUUCACACAGAGACAUAAAUACAGCCCAUCAGAGAUCCAGACGAACUGACAUCAGGCUCUUCAUGGGUCACAUCAGCAGAACUCUGACAAUGAAGCUGCUAUCAGUCACCGUCCUCCUCAUUCUGGCUCCAGUGUUGACCAGCUGCACCAAACUACCAGCAGACUGCAGUGACAUCUAUAACCAAGACAAGAGCCAACCCAGCGGAGUGUACACCAUCUACCCCAUCGGAUCGACCUCUGCUGUCCAGGUGUACUGUGACAUGAAGUCAGAAGGAGGACGGUGGACGGUGUUCCAGAGGCGGGUGGACGGCUCAGUGAACUUCUACAGGCCCUGGGAUCAGUACAAGAUGGGCUUUGGUAAUGCUGCAGGAGAGUACUGGCUUGGUCUUGAGAACAUCCACCAACUGACACAUCAGGAAAAGUAUGAGCUACUGGUGGACAUGGAGGACUUUAACGGAACCAGAGUGUUUGCUCGUUACUCGUCGUUCUCUGUCGACGCCGAGUGCGACGGGUAUGAACUGCAUGUGUCUGGGUUCACCAAUGGAGGAGCAGGAGACGCCCUGAGUGGUCACAAUGGACACAAGUUCUCCACCUUUGACAAAGACCAGGACACCUGGGGGAGCAACUGUGCCAAAAAGUUCCUGGGGGCGUUCUGGUACACAGCAUGUCACUACACAAACCCUAACGGGGUUUACCGCUGGGGGGCUGACAGCACUAUCUACGCUGUUGGAGUGGACUGGCAACCGUGGAAGGGCUAUGACUACUCGCUGAAGGCCAUCAGCAUGAAGAUCCGUCCUGUGUCGUAGUCCUCCAGGACCAGCACACAGCAGAGGAUCAGCUGCUGAUGUUUUUCUCUGUUCUCUAGUACAUAAUCUCACAUGAUCUUAGAUGGUCUGGUUUGGGUUCUUUGAGAUUUGCUUUAAGUUUGAAUACAUAAUAUUUCCCCUCAUCCAUACUCUGAUAAAACUGAAUUAGAUGUGACUGUGCUUUUCUGUAUGGUUAACUACGGAUGAAAUAAAUGUUUUACUUUAACCCAGA